AUGGCAGAUAAGAUGAAUUCAUACAUUGGGCCGGAUGCUAUUCAGAGUUUUGUCAACCGAUAUCAUGCGCUGCGAGAUUACAAUGACACUUCGGAGAAUUUAAUCAAGGAACUCAUAUUACACUGCGAUCGUGUCGAAAAUGAACUCCGCAAGGAGAGCCAAAGGCUAGUCAACUCUCAGAUGAACCUUGCAGAUGCAGUCAAUACCCAAAGGGAGCUGCUCCAGCGCGUUCAGCUGUGUGAAGCUCGCGAAGAAAGCGCACAUGACAAGACGAGCAGGGAGAUGGACAAAAAUCAUAAUCCUUACGUCAUGGUUUUGAUAGACGGCGAUGGUCUUGUGUUCCAAGAUACAUGGAUCAAACAAGGCCUCGAAGGCGGUAAAAAGGCUGCCAACGCUCUGCUGUCGGCUGUGCUAGAAAUGUUUAGCGAUGAGGACGGAGAUUUGCAAAUCUUGGUCAAAGUCGUCGCCAAUCUUUCGGGACUCGCCAAGGCGAUGCAGCGGGAUGGCUGCAUAGACAAUCCGAGCCUCCUAAAAGACUUUACGCUCGGCUUCACCCAAGCCAAGGCCACGUUCGAUUAUGUUGACGUUGGCUUCGGAAAAGAAAGAGCAGAUUUAAAAGUCAAAGAAACGGCGAGAUGGCACCUACGAAAUCACAACUGUCGGCAUAUUCUGUUAGGUAUUUCUCACGAUGCUGGAUAUGCCCCCUUCCUGGACGAAACCGUUCAGAACGAGGCCACUAGGCAGAGGAUCAGCAUCAUCGAAGGCGUCGCUACGGUGCCUGAGCUCGUCGCCACCAAAGUCGGAAUAACCAAGCUAGGCAACGGUCUCUUCCGCGACGACAAACUCUUUGACAAAUUCUCUUCCUUCUCGCAGGCACCCAGCCAACCGACGAGCGCAGCGGUUUUAACUCAGACGGUUGUAAACGCAGCAUCUAGGACGGCAAGCCCAGCCAUCAGCGCCAGCAGCUCUAGUCAGACUCGCACCCCGAUCAUCUCCUAUGCCGAUAUCGUGUCAAGUGCCAGCCCACCGCCGCAGAUCACGCUUCCAUUGGCACGAAAGCCGACGCAGACGUCAUCUUGGCGGGAUAAGCCCCAGGCGCGCGCUCAAUCAGAGACACAUUAUAUGCUGAUCCCGCCGAGCACGCCUGAUAACUGGAAUCCCGGCACUCGCGGCUUCGAUAAGCCCAUUAGAGUCAAUACCCUGAUUUUGGACGUCAUCAAGAGACGAAAGGAUGGCGACAAGCUAUGCAACAAUCACUACCUCCGAGGGCCUUGCGCUAAGAAGGAUAUUUGCCCGUUUGCCCACGACUACAAGAUCAGCGACGAGGAAAUGAAGGCGGUUGCUGUCCUAGCCCGCCAGAAUCCGUGCUCUUCUGGUCAAUUUUGCGAACUCGAUGAUUGCAUAUACGGCCACCAUUGCCCCAGCAUCCGAGACGGUAUUUGCCAGCACCCGUUUUGCAAAUUUCCAGAGGAGGCUCACCCCCCCGGGACGACUUUCAAAAACCAGUAUAUUACCGCCAACUUACUUAACUAG